AAGGGUGGGCUCCUUUUUCAGGCUUUUUGCGAAUAUCUUGGAUUUUUUUUCGGAUCCCUUUUUCCUUGGCAGCGAGGAAUGACCAGGUACAUUGGAAGCUCUAUCAAGUUAUGUGCUGCUGUGGCUGCUCUCCAGAAGAUCAAGCAAAUCCGACAGUCGUUAGGUGUGGACAUGAGUCUUUGGACGCCGUUGAGUUUUCAUCCAUUGACGCCGGAGGAGAAAUGCGAGGCUGAAGAUCCCUCGAAUCUCAACGGACACAAGAUCACCAUUGCUCAUGAGAUUCGCAAGCUCUUUCUGGUGUCUGACAACGAGGCCUACAAUCGACUCUACGGGUUCAUUGGGCAGCGAUGCCUCAACCAGGCAAUGUGGGAUGCUGGUCUUGAAAGUGUGCAGUUAACGCAUCGGCUCUCGAAGCCGAUGACGGAGAUCGAGAAUCGACUGUGUGCAGCGGUGGAGGUGGAUGCAGAAAGCGGCGCGUUCACACUGGCGCCGAAACGCAGCACUCUUCAAAUUGACAAGGCCAAACAUCUCAACGGCAUUGCGAUCGGGACCGCCCACCUGAUUGGUGAUAAACAGCUGGUGUUGUACAACGCGGUUCAACUGCUCUGCUUGCCCAUUCGCCUCUGGGUGAUUACCUGAUGUCAUUUGCAACUGCGUACCUUGUUUUGCAGCUGCAACUUUCCUUAAUUCACUGGUGAAUCACACAUCCCGGUCACUAACUAUAGGCUUAGGCAGUCCAAAAUCUUUUUAUUUUAUUUUAUAUAUAUAUAUUAAAGCUCCAUCUAUUGGUGGGGAGCUGCACCUGCUGGAAACCGGGUCCAGCGUCCCUCACAUUAUGAAAGUAAACAGAGUAUAGAAGA